AUGUAUCAACCAUAUACAACUAAUGACUUUAUAGAAGUAUUGAAGAAACAGUGUCUGAUUGGAAAAUCUUUAUUUUUGGAUAAUUUAACAUUAUCUGACCUACAUCAACAAAUAAGCAACUACGGUAAGACUUUUUACCAUGUUAAAAAAAAAAAUUGAAUUGGUCAUGGUCAUUCCUGUCUUCAGCUAGUGCAGAACGCAGUUUUUCCACCAUGCGCCGUGUUAAGACAUAUUUAAGAUCAAUUAUGAAGAGUUCACGAUUAAGUAGUCUUACACUUUUAUCAAUUGAUUUUGAAAACUCAGACAAAUUAUUAAAAGAUCCAACUGUUGUCCUUGAAGUGUUUGCAAGCACGAAAAACAGAAGAAUACAAUUUCAAAUUUAG